AUGUUUUCGUUGUUUUAUGGGCUCUGGAAAUAUAUGUUCAGUAAGACAGAGUUUCAUGUACUCAUUCUUGGAAUCGACAAGGCUGGGAAAACGACUUUGCUCGAGAAGUUGAAAUCACUUUACUCAAACUUGGAAGGUCUCCCUCCUGAUCGAAUUGUUCCAACUGUGGGACUUAAUAUUGGUCGUAUUGAAGCAUCAAAUACCAAACUUGUGUUCUGGGAUCUGGGAGGUCAGCCUGGUCUUCGCUCAAUCUGGGAAAAAUAUUAUGAAGAAGCACAUGCCGUGGUCUAUGUAAUUGAUGCCACUUGUCCAUCACGUUUUGAAGAUUCAAAAUCUGCAUUGGAAAAAGUUCUUCGGCAUGAGGAUUUGCAAGGAGCUCCUCUAUUGAUUUUGGCCAACAAGCAGGAUCUUGCUGAUAGUGUAUCAGCUGAGGAACUUGCUCGAUAUCUAGAUCUUAAAAAGUUGGAUGAAAGGGUUUAUAUGUUUGAAGCCGUUUCAGCAUAUGAUGGGAUGGGGAUUAAAGAAAGUGUGGAGUGGUUGGUGGAGGUAAUGGAGAGAAGCAAGAGAACUGAAAUGUUAAGAGCCCGUGCAGGAGCAACAGGCCCUGCUUCUAACUAG